AUGCUGCAACGCAAGAAGGACAAGGAUGUUGUUCGGCUGGAAGAGGCGAAGAGCAGACAGAGUACGAAGCAGCGCUAUGGUCGCAUUUCGCGUCGAACUGCGGCCCCUACAUCGGCGGCUGCUUGGGUCGCAUCGUCUUUCUCAGACUGUGUUCAAUGCCCAUCGGGAUCUAUGCAGAUUCGCAGUGUGGAGUGCCUUCGGAUCUUUGAUGGUGCGGCUGAAGCGGAGAAGCAGUGUGCCGGCUAUCCCAAACCUCCUGCGACGAAAGCCUGUGAUUGUGCUGAAUUGCCGUGCAACAGCAAUCUGACGGACCUCUGCUUGGAACCUGCCGGUUGCCCUGUGGAUUCAGACUUGGACACCGAUUUCUUGGAGCUGGGAUGCUUCAAUCGUGCUCCUGGGCAUGAGGCUCCUGGAGCCACCUUCGGGAACUCCUAUGACUACACCUGCAUGACCUACUCCGGCGACGUCCCUUGUAAGAGUGGCGUGCCAUUCUACUCCAUGAGAUCAAACAGCAUGACGCCAAGCUUAUGCUAUGAGUUCUGCACCGGCAAAGGCUUGGACAUUUUUGCCUUGGUAGCUGGGGUAGAGUGUCGAUGCGGUUCCUCCCAAGUAAACCAGAAUGCGCGAGCUCACCGCAUCGAUUCUCGCCAUUUGGACUUCAACCCAUUGUUGCUCAGCCCGCAUACUGACGACAUGGAUCUUUGCCCACUUCGUGUUUUUCGCUAUGCAGGGCAUUACGAAGAGGGAGGUGUGCCGUAUGGUCUGACGCAGCUUCUGGAGAGCGAUUCGGAGUAUCUGCGCAGCAUCUUCUCUGGACAUCUGGUCGAACAUCUUGAGGAUGUCCCAGAGGACCAGAAGGACCCAGCAACAACUCCAGAACCGGGACUCGCCCAAACUGGUGGAAAGCAGACGCCAGAGGGCUACAACCGUGACUGCUGGCCUUCCAAUUGUGGUCCAGGUCGUGGGCCGUGGCAGGACCGCGUGACUUCGCCCCCUGCUGGUGUACAUGAAAGGUAUUACGAGUACGUUGUGAUUCCAUAUCACUUCGAAGACGGAACAGAUGAUGUCAGAAAAGAGGCUUUCCGUGUGGCUGUCAGGCGUUGGCACAGACAGUCAUGCAUCGUCCUGGUGGAAAAGCAAGCUACCGACAUCACCCGUCCAUUCAUUUCGGUGGGCGAAUAUGACUCGGGUUCCUGCUAUUUGUCAGGAAUGGGCUGGCCGGGCUUUUGGGGAGGUAACCCACGACGCAGCAGGAUUAACCUUGGCUGGUGUAAUGACAUGAGUGCCGUCGGGAGCAUGGUUCAUGAAAUCGCCCAUGCGAUCGGAAUGAAUCAUGAGCAAAAGCGUGCAGACGCAGCCCAAGCGUACAAUGGACACGGGCCGCACUUGAUCAUGCACUGGCAGAACAUUGACGCCGGCUGGCUUUCCCAGUACACGCCAGACUUCAAGUCCUACAUCGGCUCCACUAACCAAGGUGCUGACGACCCUUUCUCAGGCUAUGCCCCCUACGACUACCAGAGCAUCAUGCAUUAUCCUCCAGGGAAUGCAUACGAUACAGACCCUCCGGAGAACGAAAACCUCAUGGGCAACCGCAAACAUCUCACUGCCGGUGACAUCGAGCAAAUUCUGGAUGUGUACCAGUGUGUUGAGCUGCCGACCUGGUCUACCCCUGCUUCCUGCAACUUUGAGGAUCACUGCUACUGGACAAACCAAGGGGAACUCGCUUGGGCAGUCCAGUCUGGGGCUACUCCGAGCUCGAACACUGGCCCAGACGCUGCAGCAGAGGGUGCCCACUACCUGUAUGUUGAGGCAAGCGGAAGUGGCAAUCCUUCAAAAACAGCCAUCUACGAGAGCCCGGCCCUUGAUGCCACUUCGAGCUACACUUUGACCUUCAUGUACCACAUGUUCGGCAGUCGAAUGGGCUCCCUGGAUGUUGAAAUUGCAGACACCCGCGGAACCUUCUCGUCUGUUUGGAGCCAGGCCGACACUCAGGGCAACACUUGGCACCCGGUAUCCCUGGACAUCACUGCGGCUGUGGCUGUUCGAUUUGUUGCGGUCACGGGUUCAGGUUGGAGUAGCGACAUCGCGAUCGACGAUAUCCAGAUGACCUCAAGCAGUCCACCACCGGCAACAACCGCCACAACGACAACUACCACAACGACGACUACCACAACGACAACUACCACAACGACGACCACAACAACGACAACUACCAUAGCGACAACUACCACAACGACGACUACAACAACGACAACUACCACAACGACGACCACAACAACGACAACUACCAUAACGACAACUACCACAACGACGACUACAACAACGACAACUACCACAACGACAACCACAGCAACGACAGGCACCAGCACCUCGACCACCACUUCCACUAGCACAACGCUCGGUUGUCACGAUGCCUGGCUACCAGACUGGGCCAGCAGUUCGACUGACGCUUGUGCAAGGUGGGCACAAGACUCUACAUGGGGUGCAUUGGCAAACGACAAGAGCCUCGCCGUCUCUUGCCAAGAACAAUUCGCCUUGACCUCCUGUGCGAAGACUUGCGGAUGCGGGGCACCCUUCACAGCACCAUCAGGAUGCGACUUUGAGGGCGGCCUGUGUGGUUGGUCCACAGGGUCCUGGGUUCAGCAAGACCACCAAACUCCGAGCAAUGGCACUGGUCCAAGCCACGCGCAGAACGGAAGCUACUACCUGUAUGUGGAAGCCAGCGAACCUGCUUUGCCCGGAGAUGUGUUGACUUUGCAGAGUCCACCCUUUGAUGGUGCGAGCGUGAGUUUUGAACUCAGCUUUUGGUUCCACAUGUUCGGCCAGGGCAUGGGCAGCCUGCAGCUGAAAGGAAAAGAUACCUUAGAUAGCUGGGUGGAGCUCUGGAGCUCACAGGGCGAUCUCGGCGACAAUUGGCUGGAAGUUGACAUUCCCAUUCCAGCGGGCUUCUCUUCCCUCCGAUUCGAUGCAACGGUAGGUGCUCAUACUCACUACAUCUUUGUGGAGUCCAGCGGUCAAAACUAUCCGGAUGUGCAGUUCGUGCUCCAGAGUGCCAAUUUCUCAGCCGGGUCAAGCGAUCGUGCGCUGUACUUCCAAUGCAGCAUGUACGGCAGCAGCAUGGGCAGUCUCGCGCUCGAGUUUGCCAGCGCUGGUGGCUGGACGCAGCUUUGGGAGCAGUCAGGAGACCAGGGUGCAGGAUGGUUUCCAGUCGCCGUCACAAUCCCCGGCCAGGCUACUGCCUUGCGCUUCGUUGGAAUCACAGGCUCUUCCUACCGGAGUGAUAUGGCCUUGGACUCCAUCGUGGCAUCUGAUAUGGCACCGACGCCGCCACCUCCAGUGCCUGUUGACCAGGCGCUCAGCUGCGACUUCGAGUCCGACUUUUGCAACUGGCUCUUCGAGGGUGACGAGGACUGGACACGGAGGUCAGGGAGCACGCCGAGUUCCAACACUGGUCCGAGCUCAGCACACGGUGGAACACAUUAUGUCUACACAGAAGCGAGCAGUGGCAACAAGAACAAGCAGUUCAUCUUGGAGUCGCCUACCUUUGAGAUCUCUUCCUUCCCCAAAAAGCUCUCCUUCUACUACCAUAUGAAGGGAAGCAAAAUGGGCGACUUGAAGGUGAUGUCUUCAGUGGUUUCUGCAGGAACAGGACAAUCUGCCUGGAAUACUCUCUUCUCUGUGUCUGACAGCCAGGGAGAUCAGUGGUUACUUGCUGAAGUGGACAUUCCGGGUGAUGUCAACAAGCUGCGCAUCGUCGGAGAGACCGGAGAUGGGUGGUCGAGCGACAUAGCUGUAGACGACAUCACGGUAGUCUAA